CUGGUACUGGCACUGGUACUGGUACUGGUACUGUUUACUGGUUGACUGUCAGCCUCAGUGUUUGCUCUGGGCUCGGGGUUGGUUCCAGACUGUGUGUGUGUUGAUCCAAACAGGAACAGGUGUCAAACCAGGCCAAGUUAAUAAUUCACUGGUACCAACACCAUGUGACCCAGACUCUGGUCAACAGUCAGAACCAUCGCUCCGUGUACCCUGACCCACAGAGAGACUGUGGUGGUCACAAGGUUCUAGUUAUUCAUACAACAACAACAACGUUCUGUUACAGUCACUCCACUGGGUCGUGGUCGUUGUCGUUGUUGUGGUCGUGGUCGUUGUCGUGGUCGUGGUCGUUGUCGUGGUCGUGGUCGUGGUCGUGGUCGUGGUCGUGGUCGUGGUCGUUGUCAUGUUUUUCUUCUGUGUUUCUUGCUGCUGUCGGAGCCCUCAUUUCCUGAAGGAAACUCCUGGGGGAUUCAUGAAGUUCUGUCUGUCUGACUGAUGUCAGUUCUGGUUCUGGUUCUGGUUCUGGUUCUGGUUCUGGUUCUGGUUCUGGUACUGGCUGGUACUGCCAGAAUGCAGUUUUUACUUGUUAAUAUUCAUCUGUAUCUGGCAGUGUUUGCAGUUGUACUUUUCAGUUCAGACCGAGGAUGCAGUUACCAUUACAACCUGCCUGUGUGUGUGUGUGUGUGUGUGGGUGCGUGUGUGUAUGUGUGUGUGUGUGUCCUGCUCUGUGAUUGGCUGGGUGGAAGAGAGUGGGCGGACAGGCAGAGCGUCUGAAAGCGUCGCUCAGUCUCUCAGAUCAGAAACAGAGAGAAGCUGCUCUCUCCAUCAUCCCUCCAUCUUCUCCUCCUCUUCCUCCUCUUCCUCCUCUUCCUCCAUCCAGAACCACAGAUCUUUCUCUCCAUCCUCCUCUUCCUCUUCUUCUCCCUUGUUUUCCUCCUGGUUUCUGUCUCUCUUCUCUACUCCUUCAGCUCCGACUGACGAGACUCUAACUCUUGGCCUUCAUCCUCUUCAUCUUCAUCUUCACUGACGGGGAGACCUUUGACCUUCAACCCCACCGUCCGGUCACAAUGGCAACAGUCAUCUGCACCCGCUUCACAGAGGAGUAUCAGCUGUAUGAAGAGUUGGGCAAGGGAGCCUUCUCUGUGGUGCGGCGCUGCGUGAAGGUGCUGUCUGGUCAGGAGUACGCUGCCAAGAUCAUCAACACCAAGAAACUGUCGGCCCGAGAUCAUCAGAAGUUGGACCGUGAAGCUCGGAUCUGUCGUUUACUGAAACACCCCAACAUCGUUCGGCUUCAUGACAGCAUCUCAGAGGAGGCUCAUCAUUACCUCAUCUUUGACCUGGUCACUGGUGGAGAGCUGUUUGAAGACAUCGUAGCCAGAGAGUAUUACAGCGAAGCCGACGCCAGUCACUGUAUUCAGCAGAUCCUGGAGGCGGUGCUUCACUGUCAUCAGAUGGGCGUGGUCCACCGUGACCUGAAGCCUGAGAACCUGCUGCUGGCCUCCAAGUCCAAAGGAGCCGCGGUCAAACUGGCCGACUUUGGACUGGCCAUCGAGGUGGAGGGGGACCAGCAGGCCUGGUUUGGGUUUGCAGGAACUCCAGGUUAUCUGUCUCCAGAGGUUCUGAGGAAAGACCCGUAUGGAAAAGCUGUGGACCUCUGGGCCUGUGGUGUCAUCCUCUACAUCUUACUGGUUGGUUACCCUCCGUUCUGGGAUGAAGAUCAACAUCGACUCUAUCAGCAGAUCAAGGCUGGAGCUUAUGAUUUUCCUUCUCCUGAGUGGGACACAGUGACCCCUGAGGCCAAAGAUCUCAUCAACAAGAUGUUGACCAUCAAUCCAUCCAAGAGGAUCACAGCAGCAGAGGCUCUGAAGCAUCCAUGGAUCUCUCACCGCUCCACCGUGGCGUCUUGUAUGCAUAGACAGGAAACCGUUGAGUGUCUGAAGAAGUUCAACGCCCGGAGGAAACUGAAGGGGGCGAUCCUGACCACCAUGCUGGCCACCAGGAACUUCUCCGGAGGAAAAAGUGGCAGCAACAAGAAGAACGAUGGAGUCAAGGAAUCUUCUGAGAGCACAAACACAACCAUCGAAGAUGAAGAUACCAGAGUGAGGAAACAGGACAUCAUUAAAGUGACUGAACAGCUCAUCGAGGCCAUCAGCAACGGAGACUUUGAAAGUUACACGAAGAUGUGUGAUCCUGCUGUGACGGCCUUUGAACCCGAGGCCUUGGGGAACCUGGUGGAGGGCCUGGAUUUUCACCGCUUUUAUUUUGAAAAUUUGUGGUCUAAGAACAGUAAACCCGUCCACACCACCAUCCUGAACCCUCACAUCCACCUGGUGGGCGACGAGGCCGCCUGCAUCGCCUACAUCAGGGUCACACAGUACAUCGACUCCAACGGAACGCCACGCACCGCCCAAUCAGAGGAGACCAGGGUGUGGCACCGUAGAGACGGGAAGUGGCAGAUUGUCCACUUCCACCGCUCAGGCUCCGCCUCCACGCUCAGCAACUAACUUCCUGUAUGGGCGGGCUUUUGGACAUGAUUGACAGCAGGCCAGAUGGGACAUUCUUUAUGGAGUUUGAUGAACACCAAACACAGGAGGAGGAGGAGGAGGCGGAGGAGGAGGAGGAGGAGG